GUUCACGUCUCUCCUUGCAGUGAGUGGUAGCAACCACGAGGUGUCGGUCUGAACUUGAUUUUUUUCCUCCUAGUUCGACUGUUCAGGUGCAAUACAUUUUAUUGAAUUUAAAAAAAAUAUAUAGUUGGAAGGACUGAACUCCCAAAAUGUCGUAUAACUACGUAGUGACGGCCCAGAAACCCACUGCUGUCAAUGCAUGCAUUACAGGGCACUUCACCUCAGCUGAGGAUCUCAAUUUGCUGAUUGCAAAAAAUACUCGUUUGGAGAUAUAUGUUGUUACUCCUGAAGGGCUUCGACCUGUCAAAGAAGUUGGCAUGUAUGGAAAGAUUUCUGUUAUGCAGCUUUUCAGACCCAAGGGUGAAAGCAAAGACCUUCUCUUUAUACUGACAGCCAAAUAUAAUGCUUGUAUUUUGGAGUACAAACAGAAUGGGGACAACAUUGACAUCAUAACACGUGCUCAUGGCAAUGUGCAGGAUCGUAUUGGUCGACCAUCAGAAACUGGCAUUAUUGGAAUAAUCGAUCCAGAGUGCAGAAUGAUUGGACUUCGCCUUUAUGAUGGGUUAUUUAAAGUGAUCCCCUUAGACAGAGACAACAAGGAGCUUAAAGCCUUCAAUAUUCGCCUUGAAGAACUGCAGGUCAUUGAUGUCAAGUUCCUUUAUGGCUGCCAGGUUCCUACAAUCUGUUUUGUCUAUCAGGAUCCGCAAGGUCGUCAUGUGAAGACCUAUGAAGUUUCACUGCGGGAAAAGGAAUUUAAUAAAGGCCCCUGGAAACAGGAAAAUGUAGAAGCAGAAGCAUCUAUGGUCAUCACAGUUCCAGAGCCUUUUGGAGGGGCAAUUAUCAUUGGCCAGGAAUCUAUUACUUACCACAAUGGUGACAAAUACUUGGCCAUUGCUCCACCCAUUAUUAAGCAAAGUACGAUUGUGUGUCACAACCGUGUGGAUCCUAAUGGCUCUCGUUAUCUUCUGGGUGACAUGGAAGGUCGACUAUUUAUGCUUCUGCUGGAGAAAGAAGAACAGAUGGAUGGCACUGUGACGCUGAAGGAUCUCCGGGUGGAGUUAUUAGGAGAGACUUCAAUAGCAGAUUGUCUGACGUAUUUGGACAAUGGUGUUGUGUUUGUCGGGUCACGUAUGGGAGAUUCACAGUUGGUUAAGUUGAAUGUUGACAGUAAUGAGCAAGGGUCCUAUGUGGCAGUAAUGGAGACAUUCACUAAUCUUGGACCUAUUGUGGACAUGUGUGUAGUAGACCUAGAGCGCCAGGGUCAAGGACAGCUAGUGACCUGCUCUGGUGCCUUUAAAGAGGGAUCCCUUCGGAUUAUUCGUAACGGCAUUGGGAUACAUGAACAUGCUAGUAUUGACCUACCUGGAAUCAAAGGUUUGUGGCCUCUAAGGUCUGUUGCAAGUCGUGACACAGAUGACUUGCUUGUAUUGUCCUUUGUGGGUCAGACUCGUGUACUUAUGCUAAAUGGAGAAGAAGUAGAGGAGACAGAAUUACCUGGCUUUGUUGAUCAUCAGCAAACAUUUUAUUGUGGAAAUGUGGCACACCAGCAGCUCAUACAGAUCACAUCUGGAUCUGUACGUUUAGUGACCCAGGAUACGAAGACUCUGGUGAGUGAAUGGAAAGAGCCAAGUGGCAAGAACAUCAGUGUUGCAUCCUGCAAUAACAGCCAGGUGGUUGUUGCAGUAGGCAGAGUGCUGUAUUAUCUGGAGAUACAAUGUGGAGAACUCAAGCAGAUCAGUUAUACAGAAAUGGAACAUGAAGUUGCCUGUUUAGACAUAACCCCUUUGGGUGAAAGUAAUGGUGUUUCUCCUCUGUGUGCUGUUGGGCUAUGGACUGAUAUUUCAGCUCGAAUUCUCAGACUUCCGUCAUUUGACAUGCUGCAUAAGGAGAUGCUAGGUGGAGAAAUCAUCCCUCGGUCCAUUUUGAUGACCACAUUUGAGGGGAGUCAUUACCUGCUUUGUGCUUUGGGUGAUGGUGCACUGUUUUAUUUUGGACUGGACAUAGAAACAGGUUUGCUGAGUGACAGGAAGAAAGUCACUCUGGGAACACAGCCCACUGUGCUGCGCACCUUCCGUUCCCUCUCCACUACAAAUGUGUUUGCCUGCUCAGAUAGGCCCACUGUGAUCUACAGCAGCAACCAUAAGCUGGUCUUCUCCAAUGUUAACCUUAAGGAGGUCAACUACAUGUGCCCACUUAACUCUGAAGGAUACCCUGACAGCUUGGCUUUAGCCAACAACAGUACCCUGACCAUUGGGACCAUUGAUGAGAUUCAGAAGUUACACAUCCGGACAGUACCACUAAAUGAAUCUCCCAGGCGAAUCUGCUACCAGGAAGGUUCACAGUGUUUUGGUGUACUAUCUAGCAGAGUAGAAAUACAGGAUGCCAGCGGGGGAACUUCUGCAGUUCGACCAAGUGCUAGCACUCAGGCAUUGUCCAACAGUGUGAGUUCCAGCAAACUAUUCCCAAGUAGCACGUCUCCCCAUGAGACCUCUUUUGGAGAAGAGAUUGAAGUUCACAGUCUUCUGAUUGUGGACCAACAUACUUUUGAAGUUUUACAUGCCCACCAAUUCUUACAGAAUGAGUAUGCUUUAAGUCUUGUAUCCUGCAAACUUGGGAAAGACCCCAACACUUACUUUGUAGUGGGAACAGCUAUGGUGUAUCCAGAAGAGGCAGAACCAAAGCAAGGCCGUAUUGUGGUUUUCCAUUAUUCAGAUGGAAAACUCCAGACAGUGGCAGAAAAAGAAGUCAAGGGUGCUGUUUAUUCCAUGGUUGAAUUUAAUGGGAAGCUACUGGCAAGCAUUAACAGUACGGUGCGCCUUUAUGAGUGGACUGCAGAGAAGGAACUGCGAACUGAAUGCAAUCACUACAACAAUAUUAUGGCAUUGUAUCUGAAAACAAAAGGAGACUUCAUCUUGGUUGGGGAUCUUAUGAGGUCUGUUUUAUUGCUGGCAUACAAACCCAUGGAGGGCAAUUUUGAGGAGAUUGCCAGAGAUUUUAAUCCUAAUUGGAUGAGUGCUGUUGAGAUCCUGGAUGAUGACAACUUCCUUGGGGCAGAAAAUGCUUUCAACCUGUUUGUGUGUCAGAAAGAUAGUGCUGCUACAACUGAUGAAGAGAGGCAGCAUCUUCAGGAAGUAGGCCUGUUCCACUUAGGAGAGUUUGUCAAUGUCUUUUGCCAUGGUUCUCUUGUCAUGCAGAACCUUGGCGAAACAUCUACACCCACUCAGGGUUCUGUGUUGUUUGGGACAGUUAAUGGAAUGAUAGGUUUGGUUACCUCGUUAUCUGAAAGCUGGUACAGUUUGUUGUUGGACCUUCAAAAUCGGCUUAAUAAAGUCAUCAAGAGCGUUGGAAAGAUUGAUCAUUCCUUUUGGAGAUCAUUUUACACAGAGCGCAAAACAGAACAAGCAACAGGCUUUAUUGAUGGUGACCUAAUUGAGAGCUUUCUGGACCUGAGCCGACCUAAAAUGCAGGAAGUGGUCAGUGGAUUACAGAUUGAUGAUGGCAGUGGGAUGAAACGAGAAGCUACUGUGGAUGAACUGAUCAAAAUUGUGGAGGAGCUAACGAGAAUCCACUAGAGGAAGUCUAUGAACGAAAAAAUAAUGAAAGGACUGCUGUUUGUAAAUAAAUUUAAAUAUGUCAGUAAACAAGAUCUCCUUGAUCUCCUGAGAUGAUUUAGUGCCCCCAUGCUGCCACGUUUUGGGGUCAUAGGAGAGCACAAGGACUGUCUGUAGAAGCAGAAUGCAGACUUCUAGCGUGGUUUGCCUUGUAACAGCUGCAGAAUGCUGAGUUUUGUUGUUUAGCUGACGAAAUGCCAAAUAAUUUUUAGUCUCAGUCUGCUUAGAGGAAGGGUUGGACAAGGUGACUGUCCAGAAACUUACUCUUCAGGGAUUUGCUGUCAUAUUUUGGUGUAUAUUUAUAUUUGAUAAGCAUCCCUUUCAUAAUCAACUAUAAUAUGGAUCUAAAACUUGAAGAACUGUAACUUGGAUCAGAGAAUGUGAAGCAAAUUGGCAUUUGCACCUCCCUGUAGAUUCUCUGCUCUUGUGUGCAUUUAUGUUUUUAUUCUUAAAGAUUCCCUUACUUGGUGACCUUGCCUAGAAAGAUGUGAAAAAUUAAAUUGAGUAACAGAUAUAUUUUAACAAGCUUGUAGGUGUUCAGGUCCAUAUAAUUCAAAGACAUUGUUCAAACUCUUAAGGUUAUUUGGCUUAAAAUGAGCUUGCCUCUAAUCUGCACCUACGUAAAAGGUAUACCCCCCUUCCACAUUCACUGACCAUAGUCUCUUCUCUAAUCAUGUCCUCCUUAUGAGGAUCAUGUUUCCUUGUACUGCUGCAAUAAGAGCAAAAUAUUUAGUAACAAAAGUUGUUCCCAAUGCUUUGGGCAGUGGAAGCUAACAAGGUGCAUUUCUGAUCAAGUAAUAAGUUAUUUUAAGAUAAAGCUGCCUUAAUCACAUUACAUAUUAUAUACUGGCCAUCAGAGCUGCCUGUCAUGACGAGGCUUGCUGAAUAGACUAACAUGCAGGUUACUGGUCAUUAAAAAAAAUUUUUAAAAAGUAUUAAAAAUAUAUACUUUUUGCGCAGCCACUAAAUCUUGACUAAAAGAAAGAGGAUAUAUACCUAUUUAGUAUGAGACUUUAUGGCUUGAGCAGUUUUACAAUAUGGUAAAUUUCUUACAUUUUUACCAGAAUAGCUUUGGUUUUCAAUAAAUGUGGAAAUAUGCUUAUACAGAUAUAAAUGCAUAGGUCUUUGUGUUGG